UGCUACGAAGAGUAAAUUUUAUUGAGCUUGAGGCGCAGCGCUUCAGUAAAAAUCAAUUUUAUUUAUUUAAUAUUCUAUGAAUUAAAUUUAUGUGUUACUAUUUCGAUUCUAUCGUAUUAUGAAGAAUGGAAUGUACACAUUUAUUAGAUAACGUCAAGGCAGAUAAUUUCAACGUUGAGGAUACCACGAUCACAAAGAACUUCAAUUGUUCAGAAUGUGCUGCCGAAGGACAAAACUGGUUGUGCCUGCAUUGUGGAGCAGUCAACUGUGGUCGCUAUGUCAAUGGGCAUGCAAAACUUCAUGCAGAGACAUCAGACCACCAGCUCUGUAUGAGCUGUGAUGUCUAUUCAGUUUACUGUUACAAAUGUGAUGACUAUGUAUCAAAUGAUUUGGAAUAUAAUCCGAUAGAUAAAAUAAGACAAAGUAUUAUGCAACUUAGAAGGCAACAUGAUGUAGAAAGUAAUGGUAAUAUGGAACAGAGUGAGGAUAACAGCAAGGAUGGAAGUGAAGGUGGCAACAGUAUGAUGUCUAGUACUUCUGUGUCUGACAAACCAGCAUCCCCAAGCGGGAGUGGGGAUGAUUCUAGGGCUGCAGAAGUUAUAUCUGCAGUCUCUUUUGGUGAUGAACCUAAUUUACCAGAAACAAGUGACAGUAAACCUGCUAAAAGUAUUAAGAAUUCUGAUGAACCAGUGCGUAGUCUUAGACCUCGAUCCCGCAAAAGAACUCACUCUGGCGAUAGCAGCUCAACAGAGAACAGUACGACACAAACACCUAGAAAUAAGGAAAAGAAAUCGUUACCAUGCAAUGGAAAAACUCAAAGAGAAAAGAAAGUAGUAGGAUUAAAAAAUUUAGGCAAUACUUGUUUUAUGAAUGCUGUACUACAGAGUCUUAGUAAUAUACAGGAGUUCAGUUGCUAUUUUAGUCAGUUACCGUCUUUAGAAAUGAAGACGAAUGGACGCAAAGUGUACCACUCAAGGAGUUAUACACGUCAGGAGAUGCACGAUGUUGUCAUGGCCGAGGAACUUAGGAAGGUGUUAAUAAAUCUGAAUAGUGGUUGUGGUUCGAAAGGUGCGAUCUCCCCAGAAUGUCUGUUCCUUGUAAUCUGGAAGGUCGUGCCCAGGUUUAGGGGAUAUCAACAGCAGGAUGCGCAUGAGUUCCUACGAUAUAUGUUAGACAGACUACACACGGAGUUGCAGCAGUUGUUGCCGGAGCGCGCGGAGGCGGGGUUCGUGGCGCGGUCGCCCGCCGCCUCCAUCGUCACUGCGGUCUUCGGCGGCACGCUGCAGAGCGAAGUACGUUGUUUGGCGUGUGGCACGGAGAGCAAAAAGUUUGAUCCCUUCUUAGACCUUUCUUUAGAACUACCGGAGACUGGGCGACAUGACGCGCCUGUCGCAUUAGCCGACUGUCUGUCGAGUUUCGUACAGGUAGAGGAAUUAGCAGACACGGAGCGGUACUUCUGUAGCAGUUGUAAGAGUAAACAGAAAUCAACCAAACAGUUCUGGAUACGCCGACUACCUAACGUGCUAUGUUUGCACCUCAAGAGAUUCCGGUGGCACAACUAUUUUAGGACCAAGGUAGACACGAGCAUUACAUUCCCGCUGCGUGCACUGGACAUGUCCCGCUUCGUGCUCUCCAACGUGCCCGACACUCGUCGCUCCGGUCUCGGGAACAAUCUCUACGAUCUCGCCGCAGUCAUCGUACACCAUGGCUCUGGAGCUGGUUCGGGUCACUACACAGCCUUCGCGAUCAACGAGGAGCAAUGGUUUCACUUCAACGACCAGACCGUGCGCGCGGCGGACGCGGCGGCGGUGGCGGGCUGCAAGCCGUACAUACUGUUCUACAUCCGCCGCGAGCUCGCACUGCCGGCCUUACCCACCACGUGACCAACAACACCACUCUUUUCGCAUAUAGAAAACUGCAAUGAAGCGGAUUUCACUGAUUACCAAAAUGAUGCUUAGAGGAAAACUUUUAAAAUGAUGAUUCCAAUGACUCCAUAGAUGAUUCCAGUCAUAAAACACAUAAAAUGCGUUAAACGUUUAAGAAAAGAUCGAAGUCACUCCUUUUUAAAAGGUCGAUAACGCACUAUGUGACUACUCUGGCGUUGUGGUAUACAUAGCGGCGCUGAUCGCAUACCAUCAGUUGCUUCCUAUUUUCUAAAAAAUCUUUAACUGAAAGUUCUGAAUGUUUACUCUAAGCAACAUUAGUAAUUGAUGAUUCACUUCAUUGAAGUUUUCGAUACAAGGUCACAUGCGUCGUCUUUGAUUUUGUGGAUGAGGGCUUCACAACGCAAAAUUACAAUACUGAUACUGAAGGCUUACGCGGACAGAGACGGCAUGGCAAGGGAUUUAAAUAUGGUAAUGGACAUUCAAACGCUUUGAUAUAUUGCUGUACUGUAAAAAUGGGACGGUGACAUAUCGCAGCUUCCUGACGGCGCCUUUGCCAUGUCGUCUUGGUUUUGCGUAGACCUUUAAAGUUGAUAGUGAAACGUGAAGAUCUAGUUAGUAGUAUGUCUAAUUGUUUCCACAAGUGUAUGGUCUACUAUAGUAUAACUAAUGCAUAUCUAUGUGUGACAGAAGCCCUUGUAAUCAUCGCCUUGAAAACUUUAAUACAUUAGUUACUUUACCUUUCUCGCCUCCAAACAGGUCGACAUGAGAAACAUAGGCCUUAUUGUAGCUGUAACUAGGUCAAUACAAACAAUGAAGUUUAUUUAUUCAUCUUUAACAUACCGUGCUAAGAUAUAAAAUUGUGUGAUAGUGUAUUGCAGUGAUUUGAACAUUUCAUAUUCGAGUAUUUUGAAAUUUAAUCAUGUAUUAUAUUUACCCGUGAUUAUUUACUUAUUGAAUUUAAAAUUUUACCCUAUCUAUACAUUUUAAAGUCCAUAUUACGGCGGCAUUCCUGGAGUUUGAUUGAGCAGGUCUCAGUGUUUUGUAUGUUUGCUAUUAUUUACAUAAUAUGAAAUAAUUAUACGCCUCGUUAAAUGAAAAUGGCCGUGACUUGCGUAAAAUAGCAAUACUACUUUUUAUUGUCAUCUCUGUUUGAUAAUAAAUAAAAUGCUACGCUCGAUGCGACCUUUUUCAUUUCGGCCAUACUUUUUCUAAAAUUUCAUCGACUUUUGAAUAUAUAAAUGGAAUAUGGCGCAUAAAUUAACAAGAAGCACUAUACUUUGGUUCUAAUAGUGUUUCACAUUUUGCUGGACAGUUACAUUGAUUUAAGGUAGUUGUCUUACUGGCAACGAUGAACGAGUAACGAGUUGAGCUGGAAUUGGAAACGAGAUGGCGACCCGGUAGGAACGAACGCGCAUAAUUCCAAGUGUGAACAGUCAACGAUCGACUAUUCAUAUAUGCAUCUUUUGUUUACACGUCGUUUUCUCGUUGGCGGUAGGACAAGUGCCUUACUAAUGAAGUGCCAUCAAUAAAUACUGCUUUUAACCCUAAAUGAUGAUAUGACAUUAGUGAAGUUUCGAUGUAACAAAGUAUUUUGUAGCACUUUCCUCCUGUAGUCGAUAAAUAUUACGUUAUAGAUAUAUUAAUAAAUACUCAUACAAAUUAAAUAGUCUAUGCAUUUGUUGAUGAAUCAUUAUUAAAUAGAUAUUUGAGCUUGACAUACGAGUGUUAAGGCUAAGGUUAUAAAGAAACAGUAUGUAUUUUGUAUAAAAGCGUGAUCAUGUAUUGCUGAAGUUAGGUGGAAUGGUGGAUGCCAUACUUAAGAUGCAUUUUACAUUAUCAUUAGUUUGAAACUGGAUUUUUUUAGUUAAGGCUCUGUUUGCAGUACUAAUUGUAUAAUACUUUACAUUCCUCUUUGCACAUCCACUCCCUCUACAUUGAUAGAAGUAAAACACAUUCAAUAAUUAUACUACUUAAAAUAUGUUCAGUGGCCAGCACAACAAUCUACUCCGUUGUGUCAAUUUUUUUCAUUAGAUUUUAUACUUUAUGUCUAAACAAUGAGAGUUAAAAAGGUAAUAACAAAAUAUGACAGAAAAGAGUAGGUUGCGCUGCUGCCCACAGUGCAACUUGUGAUGUUAUUGGUUGGUAUAAUAAUAUUUAUGUAGAUAUAGGGUGGAUGUGAACACCCUAAUGGAUUGUGAGAUUCAUAAUUAUGACGAUUGACGUUCUAUUUUAAUAAAGCGCAAUUUUGUAGUAUGUUACUGGAAGCCCUAGUGCACUGUUCCAAUUUGAAGGUAUUCAACUGUAUUGGAAUUCUUACUUCUAGUUGUGUUUAGGUAAAAUCAAAAUUUUCAAUAAGAUGACAACAAUUAGACAAACAAAUAUGAUGGUUAUGAAUUUAUAGUAUUAUUAGAAAACAACCAGAAUUUAUAAUUCCAAUGCUGUUAUUAGUAAAUAAAUAUUAAUAACAUGUCACCUUUAACGUCAUUUUGAAGGAAGUUGGGCUAACAGUUUUAUAAAAAAAUAAUUUGCGCUAGGUAACAUAUCUGAGUUUCUGCUACUUAAAGAAAAACUAAAACUUUGUACGCUAUUAAAAUAGGAAAUUAUGCAUUACGAAACUAGGUGAUCGUUUUGUGUGUAAAACAUUGUGAUAGUAUAACACGGUCUGUAUGUGUGUGUGUCCAUACAGAUACAAGCUGAAUUAUUUUUGUGUCGUGAACUCUCUUUUGCAAGUACCUUUAAUAGCAGGUUUAUUUUGUGUAAGUACUUCAAUUACUGGAAGUUGAUAGUGAUUGAAUUUAAUAAAUUCGCCAAUUAAAAA